UCUCUCUCUCUCUCUCUCUCAUAUCAAACCACUCUAAAACUUUCAGUUACAAAAAUGAUAAACAAAUAUCAAUAUAAAAAUUGAAGAAAGUCUCAACCUCUCUCUCUCUCUCUGGGUCUGGGUAGGUCAAGAAAGAGAAGGUUGAGUUUGAGGAGCUGCUGCUAUCAUUCUAUUUCUCUCUAGCUUAGAAUGCUCCUCAAUUUCAACCAAAUUCCCUUGCUUUAUGGGCUCUUUGUGUUCUGCAUGCUCUUCCCAAUGAAACCCACUUCCAGAUUGUGUUAGUAACAACUAGUUGAGAUUCUGAAGCAUAAGCACCCCCACCAACUUCAGUUUCUGCUUCAGCAAAUGCUACUUCUUGUGUUGUUUCAUCUCUCUGAAUUAGUGAAUUCUGAGACAAACACAUGCUUCUAAACCUCUCCCAUGCUUCCUUUCAGCAGGAAAGUAUGACAGCCCACAAAGUUUACUCCAAAUUUAACUGUCAAUAUCUUAUUCCUUUCAGCAAACAACUCUCCAUGAAGUUCCAUUCUACUUCAGUGGCAUCUUUUCUUUUUGUCAUAGUUAUUCUCUUUCCUCUGGCUAUUGCUGAUCUAAGUUCUGAUAAGCAAGCCCUUCUUGAUUUUGCUAAUGCCGUCCCGCAUCGUCGAAACCUGAUGUGGAAUCCAUCAACCUCAGUCUGUACAUCUUGGGUAGGCAUCACUUGCAAUGAAAAUAGAACUCGUGUUGUUAAAGUCCGGCUCCCUGGAGUUGGACUAGUUGGCACCAUCCCAUCCAAUACACUUGGCAAGCUUGGUGCUGUGAAAAUUAUUAGCCUUCGCUCCAACCUACUCAGUGGAAAUCUUCCUGCUGACAUUGGUUCUCUUCCUUCUCUUCAGUAUCUCUACCUCCAACAUAAUAACCUUUCUGGUGAUAUACCUGCCUCAUUGUCUCUCCAACUCGUUGUACUCGAUUUGUCAUAUAAUUCCUUCACCGGUGUUAUUCCGACGACAUUUCAAAAUUUGUCGGAAUUAACUAGUUUGAAUCUCCAGAACAACUCGCUAUCCGGACAGAUACCUAAUCUCAAUGUCAAUCUGCUCAAGCUUUUGAAUUUAAGCUACAACCAAUUGAAUGGCUCAAUUCCUAAAGCUCUUCAGAUUUUUCCAAAUUCUUCCUUUGAAGGAAACUCUCUCUUAUGUGGACCACCUCUAAAGCCAUGCUCUGUGGUUCCCCCUACACCUUCUCCUUCCUCGACUCCACCUCAAUCAACUCCUGGAAGACAAAGCUCAAAAAACAAGUUGAGUAAAAUAGCUAUCAUUGCUAUUGCUGUUGGAGGAGCUGUGGUGCUAUUCUUUGUUGCUCUUGUUUUCUUUAUUUGCUGUUUAAAGAAGGAAGAUGACAGAGGCUCCAAUGUAAUUAAAGGGAAGGGUCCUAGUGGUGGUAGGGGUGAGAAACCAAAAGAAGAGUUUGGAAGUGGGGUUCAAGAACCUGAGAAGAACAAGUUGGUUUUCUUUGAGGGAAGUUCUUAUAAUUUUGAUCUUGAGGAUUUGCUGCGAGCUUCGGCUGAAGUUCUGGGGAAGGGUAGUUAUGGUACUGCAUAUAAGGCCAUACUGGAGGAGUCAAUGACAGUUGUGGUGAAAAGAUUGAAAGAAGUUGUUGUAGGCAAGAAGGACUUUGAACAGCAGAUGGAGAUUAUGGGAAGAGUUGGACAGCACACAAAUGUUGUGCCGCUUCGUGCUUAUUAUUAUUCAAAAGAUGAAAAACUUUUGGUAUAUGACUAUGUCCCUGGUGGCAACCUACACACACUCUUGCACGGUGGUAGGACAGGUGGAAGAACUCCAUUAGACUGGGACUCUCGAAUAAAAAUAUCCCUUGGAACAGCCAAAGGACUUGCCCACGUUCAUUCUGUUGGUGGUCCCAAAUUUACACAUGGAAAUAUUAAGUCCUCAAAUGUCCUCCUCAACCAAGAUAAUGAUGGCUGCAUUUCUGAUUUUGGCCUUGCUCCCCUUAUGAAUGUUCCUGCUACCCCUUCUAGAACUGCAGGUUAUCGUGCUCCUGAGGUGAUUGAAGCCCGUAAACACUCUCAUAAAUCCGAUGUGUAUAGCUUUGGUGUCCUCCUUCUUGAGAUGCUUACCGGGAAGGCUCCUCUCCAAUCUCCGGGACGUGAUGAUAUGGUUGAUCUCCCUAGGUGGGUUCAGUCUGUUGUUAGGGAAGAGUGGACGGCCGAAGUUUUUGAUGUGGAGCUAAUGAGGUACCAAAACAUUGAAGAAGAAAUGGUUCAAAUGUUGCAAAUUGCCAUGGCCUGUGUGGCAAAGAUGCCAGAUAUGAGACCUAGCAUGGAUGAAGUAGUGAGAAUGAUCGAAGAGAUCCGGCAAUCUGACUCAGAGAACCGGCCAUCUUCUGAAGAAAAUAAAUCUAAGGACUCAAAUGUUUAAACUCUAUAGAUUAACAGUGCCUUUCGCUUAACCAGGAAGUGACAAUAAAAGGGUAUAUAAGAGUGCAUGCUCGGUCACCUUUCUGUCCAAUUGUUCAAUAUUUCUCACAGAUGUUCCUUGAGUUAUUUUCUGUAGUUAGGUUGCUUUUCUUAAAUUCUUAUGUAUUAACAUCCUGAUUCAAUUAAUGAUCUCGAUUCAAGCACAUUUGGUCCCUUGUAAUUGUUGUUAUGCUGUUUUAACACCAUUUGGAUAUGUUUAUUAGAUCACCUUAUCCAUGACUAGGUAAUGUUGAGAGAAAAAAAUCAACCUCUCUUCAGUCU